AUGACCAAGACAGAAAAAGAGGAGCCCACGACAACAGAAGGUUUUGCCUUCUUGAUGACAGGGUUCAAUGUGUCACUACAAGUCCUGGUGUUGCUGCUGCUGCCUCAGACUGAAUGCAAGCGGAGUCCUGUCAUAUGUACCAUGAAUGAUCCCCUCCAGACACAAUUCCAGUAUUAUCAGCCUGGGGACCUCAUUGUUGGUGGAAUCACUUCUCAGUAUCUCUCCAUGUCUGAGCCAGUGACCUUUGAGGAGUACCCCAAAACAAAGAUAGUUGAUGAGCCUAUUGCAAUGACAAAGAACUACCAGCAUGUCCUGUCCUUGGCAUUUGCUGUGAAAGAGAUCAAUGAGAAUCCCAAAAUCUUGCCCAACCUCACCUUGGGGUUCCACAUCUAUGACAGCCACUUUGAUGCAAAGAUAACUUAUCAGAACACCUUGAACCUCCUCUUUAGUCAGAAUAAGACUGUCCCCAACUAUGAAUGUGACACAAAGAGGAAUCCAGUAGCUGUCAUUGGGGGACUUGGUUCUGAAACCUCUCUCCACAUAGCCUCUGUUUUAGGCAUGUACAAGAUCCCGCAGCUUCACGCUUUUUUGAGGAGACUCUCGUUUAACAAUAAUGUCGGGGACAAGAUGUCUUUUGAUGAGAAUGGUGAAGUAGCAGCUGGAUUUGAUAUUGUAAACUGGAUUACGUUCCCCAACAAGUCCUUCUUAAGAGUGAAGGUAGGAAGAAUGGAUCCUGAAGCUCCAAAAAACAAAGAGUUUUCCAUUAAUGAGACCAUCAUUACUUGGAACCACCAAUUUAAGCAGACUGUGCCCCGUGCUGUGUGCAAUGACAACUGCCAUCCAGGCUACAGCAAAGAAAGGAAAGAGGGCAAGCCGUUUUGUUGCUAUGAUUGUGUUAAAUGUCCCAAAGGGAAGAUAACAAACCACAAAGAUAUGAAUGCUUGUUUCCAAUGCCCAGAGGAUCAGUUUUCAAACAAGGACCAAAAUGGAUGCCUCCCAAAGGGUCUCAACUUCCUCUCUUAUGAUGGGCCUUUGGGGGCCAGUUUAGCUCUUUUGGCUCUGUUUUUUUCUCUGACCACAGCUGUGGUCCUUGGAAUAUUCAUCAAGCACCGGAACAGUCCUAUUGUCAAGGCCAACAAUCGGAACCUCUCCUACUCUCUUCUUGUUGCCCUCUUGCUCUGCUUCUUCUGCUCAUUACUAUUCAUUGGUCAGCCUCAACGGCUCACUUGCUUUCUACGUCAAACUGCUUUUGGCAUCGUCUUCUCAGUGGCUGUUUCUUCUGUGUUGGCCAAAACUAUCACAGUGGUCCUGGCUUUCAUGGCCACUAAACCAGGAUCCAAGAUGAGGAAAUGGGUUGGGAAAAGAGUUGCAAAUUCUGUGGUUCUCUGCUGCUCCUUCACUCAAGCAGGUAUUUGCUUGGCAUGGCUAUGCACUGCCCCUCCCUUCCCAAAUGUUGACAUGCAGUCUUUGGCUGAAGAAAUCAUAGUGGAAUGCAAUGAAGGGUCAGCCCAGAUGUUUUAUUAUGUUCUGGGCUACAUGGGAUUUCUGGCUCUUGUCAGCUUUAUUAUGGCUUUUUUGGCAAGGAAACUGCCCGACACUUUUAAUGAGGCCAAAUUUAUCACUUUCAGCAUGUUGGUAUUUUGCAGUGUGUGGGUUUCUUUUGUUCCAACUUACCUAAGCACUAAAGGAAAAUACAUGGUAGCCGUGGAGAUCUUCUCCAUCUUGGCCUCCAGUGCUGGCUUAUUGGGUUGUAUCUUUUCCCCAAAAUGUUACAUAAUUAUCCUAAGGCCAGAACUCAAUAAUAAGGAGCAGCUAAUAAGGCGCAAUUACUAA